AUGUCUUCUCCACGGGCUCCAGGGCUGCGUCUUUCCCGUAGGGCUGGUUGCUUUGUGUGCACAUCUACAUGUCCUAUGAUCACUCUUGAUAUCAUUACUACCAAGGUAGGCUCUCAACCGGAGAACUAUUCCACCGGUAAUGAUGACGAAGAUGGAGGCAAUGCAGCUACCAAGCUCGAAAUUAUCCUGGUCGAUAGAGCGGUAAUCGCAAAGGGCGGUUGGGUGGAUGGGUCUCAAGAUCUUUCUUCAUACGCAGACUUCGAUACCACCUCGAGACGCAAGCGGCACGACACCCGCAAGGCACACGCCGAAAGCGAGGGCGUAAGACCAAUCGCAGCGAUGCCAAGCAAAGGCGCGCAGAAAGAUGGUGCUAAAUAUCACCAAAAGCCGGCACGCAAUGAUGGUGCAAACCAGUCGUCAGCGAACCCGCCCAGAGUUACAGAGGACGACCUCUUGAACUUCCAAUUCCGACAUUUCGGCGAUGAUAGCCGGCCCAUAGAGUGGUUCGUUCCACCAUCGGUCGCCCUCGCCUACGAUCCAAAUCACGAUCCAAAUGACGAGGAUGGUCUGGGGUACUACCUAGAUGGCGUCAAGCGCACCCUCACCGAUGCCAACGUUGAAUGGUUCCGCGCCCGAGAGCUACACGAGUUGAAACAACGGCAGGAGAAGCGCGAAGCCGAGCGACUGGAAGGAGAAGCGGAAUCUGAAGCAGUGGAUCAACACCACUCGCCUGCUCAGCAGGACCAGAAACCCCACCGUGGCGGCGGGAACGUGCCAUACGACGAGCGAAAGAAGAGGUCGUGGGAGGGAUUCAUCGCAGGCAAGGACGCUGUGCAAGGUUCCUUGACGCAUCGGCGCAUAGCACGGGAACUAGACGAUCAGAAAGUGGAGGCAGUAGAGAUGGAUUAUUGA